CUUUUCUUCCAUUCCCGUUCACCUAUCAUAAGAAAAGCAACGGCGAAACGACGCCGUUUUGCGGCAAAUACUGUCCCAAAACCCUAGUUGAUGCUCGCAGUCGCAGAUUUUCUUGCCUAUUCCGAAAUUCGAGCUUUGCGGUUCGCACCAUGUCCUCCGAAGACAUGGGUCUCGUUCCUGACCAGAGGAUCGAAAACGGUCUCAACUCGCCUCUAGUCUUCCAAGACGACCCCUUGCGCUUCAACUGUGGCCCCGCACAGCGCCGGGUCGGGGACCCGGGUCCGAAACCCAGGGACCUCGGUGGUUUCGUCGACGACAAGAUGUUCGCCAUGGAGCGCGACCGGUUUUUUGCCGCCCAGGGCACCGAUUUCCGCCGCAACAUUUUCGGCGAUUGUUCGGGUCGCCGAGACCCGCCUAAUGCCCGCAAUUGGGGCGGGAACGGCGGCGCCGCAACUCCAAGCGGCGAUGAAUCGGACGAUGACGAAGACGAUGACGAAGAUGAUGAUGACGAGGAUGACGAAGACGGCGAAGUAGAAGGACUCGUUGGUGUUGGUGAUGGGAGCAAGCGCAAUCUCAAUGCAAUCAAUGACGUUAAUAAUAACAACGGUAACGGUGGUGGUAAUUUGCCUGGUGUUUCAAAUGGGAAAGCCCAGCAUCAUUCCCCUUAUGUUUCUGGUAGAGAGUUAUUGGGGAAGGAUGGUGACAUUGGACAGCUAGUGCAUAAUAAUGCGAGUGGUACUGAUGAAGAUCAUCAUCGAGAAAGAUUAGGUAAAUCCCAGAAUUCUGUUACCGUUGCUGAAACUGACUGUGAGGACUACUAUUCGCACUAUCUUCAAGGCACGGAAGGGUCAGCUUCUGGGCAGAAAGUUAUGGUGGAUGACAAUGGUUGUGGGUUUAGUGGAAGAAAAGAUGUUAUGUAUUCAUCCGAGUCAGGGGAAUCAUUGAGGGCUAUUCUUUCAGAUCCUGUUACGGGAGCUCUUAUGGAUGAUGCAAUGAUAUUACCUUGUGGACAUUCAUUUGGUGGAGGUGGAAUACAGCAUGUUAUUAGAAUGAAAGCUUGCUUCACUUGUUCUCAACCCACAUCUGAGGAAUCAAUAUCUCCAAACCUAUCACUUCGAGCUGCUGUGCAGGCAUACCGUCGGGAAGAGGAGUCACAAUUUUACCGGUCAUCCAAAAGAAGAAGAGAAAGAUUUGAUCAGGGUGGUUUUGGAGAUUCAGCUGCUAUGGAACCACCAAGGAGUAGAGGUGUUCAAUUUCCAUUUGCUGUGAUGGACCGGGUUAUCAUAAAGGGAAACAAAAGGACACCCCAACGCUUUGUUGGGCGCGAAGCUAUUGUAACAACACAAUGCCUGAAUGGAUGGUAUGUGGUGAAGACAUUGGACAAUGCGGAGAGUGUAAAAUUGCAGUAUCGCUCUCUUGCUAAGGUUUUGGAUGAUCCUUCAAAACCCGCCUCCAACAAGAUGGGACCUAAUUGGCUUUAGAUCUGCAAUACACCAUCAUCAAAUGUGGUUGAUAAUGCUUCUACACCAAGAUGCCACUACAUUUUGAGCGUUUAAUCGCUAGCAUACCAAGCAAAAUUUCUUCUUUGUAAUUCCAUUGUUGUAUUCCUUGCAAGACAACUGUGUUAGCAGAGUUUGUAAAUAUAGAAGCCUUGGUCAUGCUUUGUGUUGAGAUUUUUUUUAUCUAUAUAAUCAUUUUGUUUCAGAAACAUGAACAGAUUUAUUUUAUGUGGAAAUGAUU